AUGUGCAAACGACGGUUUAAUGUGAGACUUUGGAAAGCCUUUACUGACUGUUUCAACUGCCUUCCUAUGGCGGCUCUUAUAGAUGAAAAAAUAUUGUGCAUGCAUGGUGGUCUUUCUCCUGACCUGUCAAACUUGGAUCAAAUUAGAAACCUUACUCGUCCUACUGCUGUUCCUGACAAUGGUUUACUUUGUGAUUUGCUCUGGUCGGAUCCUGGAAGAGAUGUUCAGGGAUGGGGAAUGAAUGACAGAGGAGUUUCAUACACCUUCGGAGCUGACAAGGUGUCAGAAUUCUUGAAAAAGCAUGAUUUGGACCUGGUCUGUCGUGCCCAUCAGGUUGUGGAGGAUGGAUACGACCAGAGAAUAUCUCUUCUGCAAGAGCAAGCAUCAGCUCAAUCUCCUUGCCACCGGCACAAGCAUGAAGCAAAGAAGCUCAUUGGGUUUACACCGUCAGGCGAUGUUGGUUUGUGA